AUGUCGGGGAAGUCCGUUGCCGAAGCAACCUCCUCAAUGCCUAACUUGCCUAACUACUCCUACGUGGAUUACUACACUCCCUCGCCCGCUGUUGUCUACAUACGCUGCGAGGAUGAGGCAAACAAAUUGGUUCAGACACUUGAAAGUCCCCUUGGAUUUGACCUCGAGUGGCGUGUACUAUGGAAUUCUGGUGCGCAGGAACGACGAACAGCACUAGUGCAACUGUGCGACAAAUCAACUAUCUUGCUAAUCCAGGAGGUGAUUGAGUCGCCAAGUAUCGUAAAGACAGGGGCGAACAUCUACAAUGAUGGCGAGAAAUUGUUUCGUGACUUUGGAAUCACAACCCGAGGACUCGUCGAGCUUGGUGCACUUGCGCAUGUCGCAGACGAUACUUUCUCUAGCAUAUACAAGCGACGAGUAGUCAGCCUCGCCAAGAUGACUGCUAUGUACCUCGAGUGCAAUUUAGCGAAGAGCAAAGAGCGCACCAGUAAUUGGGAGGCAGAUCUGAAUGAUAAGAUGGUGCAUUUCGAUCCACCCAGCCUAAGGGCAGGUAGUGCCAAGGUAAUAGCAUCACCUACGCUGCCGGAAUCCAAUUCGCCGAAUAUUCCGUCAUUAGCACCAGCGCCCCCUGGCCCACAAUAUAUGCGGGCUUACAACCUAUGGCACCACCGGAAUACGCCCCUUGACAAGAUGUGCGACAUACUGAAGACAGGUAGGCGAGUGGAGCCUCUGAAAGAGAGUACAGUGAUAUCAUAUGUGGUGGGUGCCAUCCAGGCAGAUACGUCGCUGCCGUUCGAUAUGAGUAAGCUGCUGGAGCUGGUGAAGAUGGAAGCAGGAAGUUGGUCACGACAUCGAGCAUGGUUGAUGGACGCAGAGAGGAGCGGUCGUGGAUGUUGCCGACGGCGGCCUGUGCCCAGGGCUCUCGUAAGAUUCUGGAUGCUCAAGGGUUGGAAGCAGCGGUGGUAG